CAAAGGCUGAGACACUUUUGGAGUUUGGCCGCAAUAAAGUAAGCUCCUCCCAAGACACAGAGCAAAGCAAGCAAGAAAACGUGGUGGCUUUGGCGUGCGGCCAGAUUCAUUCUUUCUCUCUCUCUCUGUCCGAGAGAUAUUCCUUUCUUUGCUGCUCCUUCCUCCUUUGAAUCCAUAUCUCCCAAUCUGUCUCUCUGUAUUUCUUCAAGUUCCAGCCUUUUUCUUCUUCAAUUGCUGACAAUUCGUUGUUCUGAUUCUCUCUAUGGAAGCCUCGCCUUCGUGUUCCUCUCCCCUUUCCGUUCACUCCACAAUCAAGUUCUCUCCCCCUCUUUCUUCUCGCCACUGCCGUCGCCGCCGCGUCUCCGCAGUCAUCCACCGCCGCCACGGCGCCCCUAAACUGCUCUCCCUGUCCCCGAACCGGUCUUCUUCUUUUACUGGUAGUACUAGUGGUAAUUCUUCUUCUUCAUACUUCGGAAUUUCGAUCGCGCCGGGAAGAACCCUAACUCCAGUGUCCAGGAAGCGCGUGUCGCCGCCGGCGAUCUCCGCGGCGUUCGAGCGGUUCACGGAACGGGCAAUCAAGGCUGUCGUGUUUUCCCAAAGGGAGGCCAAGGCCCUGGGCAAGGAAGUGGUGUUAACGCAGCAUCUUCUGCUCGGUUUGGUCACCGAGAGCCGUGCGCCGGAUGGGUUUCUCGGAUCCGGAAUCACCAUAGACAUGGCUCGCGAAGCGGUUCGCAGUAUUUGGGACGAUGAGGAGAGCGGCGACCGCAAUUUGGUGGCUUCUUCCGAGGUUUCGUCGGCCACUGACGUGCCGUUUUCGAUCAGCACGAAGCGGGUUUUCGAAGCGGCCGUGGAGUAUUCGAGGACUAUGGGGUACAAUUUCAUUGCGCCUGAGCACAUCGCCAUUGGCCUCUUCACUGUUGACGAUGGCAGUGCUGCUCGAGUCCUCAAGAGAUUAGGGGCAAAUGUAAAUCAGUUGGCAGCUGUGGCAGUUUUGAGACUUCAAGGAGAGCUCGCCAAAGAUGGCAGAGAACCACCUGCGUUAAAAGGUGCACGGGAAAAAACAUCAACUGCAAAAUCCACCAUUGUUAGAUCGUCUGAGAAAGCAAGAGAUGCAUUGUCCCAAUUCUGCGUGGAUCUUUCUGCUCGUGCUAGUGAUGGACUCAUUGAUCCUGUAAUCGGCCGAGACACGGAAGUUCAGAGAAUUAUUCAGAUACUUUGCAGAAGGACCAAAAACAAUCCUAUUCUUCUUGGGGAAGCUGGAGUUGGGAAAACAGCUAUUGCUGAGGGGUUGGCAAUUAGCAUUGCUCAGGGAAAUGUUCCUGUUUUCCUGUUGGCAAAACGCAUCAUGGCCUUGGAUAUUGGUCUAUUAAUUGCAGGGGCUAAGGAGAGGGGAGAGUUAGAAGGACGUGUUACGGCAUUAAUAAAGGAUGUAAAGAAGUCAGGCAAUGUCAUUCUUUUUAUUGAUGAAGUCCAUACGCUUAUUGGUUCGGGUACAGUUGGACGGGGAAACAAGGGUUCAGGUCUUGAUGUUGCAAAUCUUCUGAAGCCAUCUCUUGGGAGAGGUGAAGUACAGUGUAUAGCAUCUACAACUACGGAUGAAUACAGGACACAUUUUGAAAAAGAUAAAGCAUUAGCACGAAGAUUCCAGCCAGUGAUGAUUAAUGAACCGAGUCUGGAUGACACAGUUAGGAUACUCUUGGGUUUGCGUGAAAAGUAUGAGGCCCAUCAUAAGUGUCAAUUCACGUUAGAGGCCUUGAAUGCUGCUGUUUACCUUUCAGCAAGGUAUAUUCCUGAUCGGAAUCUUCCUGACAAGGCCAUUGAUCUCAUUGAUGAGGCUGGAAGUAAAGCCCGAAUGGAAUCAUUCAGAAGAAAAAAGGAAGAGCAAACUUGUAUACUCUCAAAAUCGCCAGAUGAUUACUGGCAAGAGAUUAGAGCCGUUCAGGCCAUGCAUGAAGUGGUCCUUGCUGGUAACCUGAGUAAAGAUGACGGCAUUUCCAGCAUUGAAGACAACACAUCUUUGACAGACACAUCUAACAAUGAAGUACCUAUAGUUGUUGGGCCUGGUGAAAUAGCAGCAGUGGUUUCACUCUGGUCAGGGAUUCCAGUUCAGCAGCUUACUGCUGAUGAAAGAAUGCUUCUGGUGGGUCUUGAUGAGCACCUUAAGAAACGGGUUGUUGGUCAAGAUGAAGCAGUUGCUGCAAUCUGUCGAGCUGUGAAGAGAUCCCGGGUUGGCCUGAAUGACCCUAAGAGGCCCAUUGCAGCAAUGCUGUUCUGUGGCCCCACCGGCGUUGGCAAAACUGAGUUAACAAAAGCUUUGGCAGCUUGCUAUUUUGGCUCAGAAGGUGCCAUGCUAAGACUGGACAUGAGUGAAUAUAUGGAGCGGCACACUGUCAGUAAGUUAAUAGGCUCACCUCCAGGUUAUGUAGGCUAUGGAGAAGGGGGCACUCUUACAGAAGCUAUCAGAAAACGACCUUUUACAGUGGUACUACUUGAUGAAAUUGAAAAGGCCCAUCCAGAUAUAUUUAAUAUUCUCCUCCAAAUAUUUGAAGACGGUCACCUUGCAGAUUCCCAGGGUCGAAGGGUAUCAUUUAAGAAUGCAUUGUUGGUGAUGACUUCCAAUGUGGGUUCUACUGCCAUUGCAAAGGGCAGGCACAACGCCAUCAGUUUCUUCACUGCAGAGGACGAGACAACUUCAUAUGCUGGAUUGAAAGCAUUGGUAAUGGAAGAACUGAAGGCCUACUUCCGACCAGAGUUGCUGAACCGGAUAGAUGAAGUAGUUGUUUUCCGUCCCUUAGAGAAGAUUCAGAUGCUUGAAAUACUAAACCUAAUGCUACUAGAGGUGAAGGGAAGGCUGUCAUCUGUGGGAAUCAGCCUGGAGGUGUCUGAAAGAGUAAUGGAUCUCAUAUGUGAACAAGGUUUUGACCGUAGUUAUGGUGCGAGGCCCCUUAGGAGGGCUGUAACUCUCUUAAUUGAAGACCUCCUGAGUGAAGCAUUUCUGUCUGGAGAUAUCAAUCCUGGUGACACUGCCAUCAUUGAUUUGGAUGAUUCAGGAAGCCCAGUAGUCAGCAACAGUCCCAGUCCUAAUAUUCAUUUGUCAGAUUCAACAUCCCUUUUAUAGGUAAUAUCAUGCUAAUAAUAAUGUCAACCAAUUCUUGUAUGUAAAUUGGACCUGUACUGUAUAUCCUAUUAAAUUUUGUUCUAUAUGGUAUAGCAAUGAACUCAUUCUUGUACAGAAAGGCAGGGCAGGCAAAUAACAAUAUUCUUUGUACUAUAAUACCAUUGACAACCAUUUUGGGAUAUAAAAUCUUCUCAUUAUUGCC